AUGAGACCGGAAUGCCAUAAAGAAGUCUAUGCCCUCACUGUAAACAAACUGUCCGUAGAGUCCGAUGCUUUCUAUGUGGUGGUCAUACCGGCCAAUACACCGGAUAUACUGUUCACACAUUUGCCUAAAAUACUGUUUGAAGAGUUUCAUUUGAUCCGCGAAUUCAUUGUCUGUUUGGCUGUUAAUCAAGACAUGGAUGAAGAGGAAGGAGAAGACUAUACGAGCCAUCAAUUCAUGCAAAAGAUGUCUUUGAAUGACACGAAUGGCACUCCAGAGGAAUAUUAUACGAAAGACUCGUUCGACAGAUAUGGGGAUGACUUGUGUGGACUCGUGUUGUCUUAUCUAUCACUCGAAGACUGUUUCCGAUUUGAAUGUCUGUCCAAACAGUGGAUGAGAUGUGUAUUCACUUCAAGACAUUCCCUUGAAUUCAACGAUCAAUUGAUAAACAAAUUGUCGAUUAAAGAGGGCUUAAGAGAGGGAUGCGUUGAUUGGGAGACAUUGAGAGCACAGCUUAAGAAGUGCUCAAACAUUAGAUCCAUUGAUAUGACUAUCGAUUCACAGGAGACGGCAAUACUGUUUGAAGUACUCAUGAAUUCAUGCAAACACUCAUUGAAUGCAAUUGAUGUCAGAUUUCACUAUAAAACUGAUGUGAAAAUAAUGGACAGAAUUGUGUGUAAAUAUGGCUCACAAUUGACGGCUAUAUCAGUGCCGCCAUCGGGUUAUGAAGUGUUUAGAAAGCAUUGA